AAGCUCGACACUUAGACAGAAAAACAUUUGGACUUGUGAUUUGAACGUAAUUAAAGCACAAAUAUGAAGUUAAAAGUGAUUAUUUUAUUUUGUAUUCUGAAUUCAAUAUCAGGCGGAUCAAUUCCCAGUGGUAGCGUUGGAUACCCGGAUUUUUUUGUUGUUGGCGGAACAAACGCAACAGAUGGACAAGCUCCGUAUCAAUGUUCAAUGCAAGAGUACGGACGACAUUUUUGUGGAUGUGUAAUCAUAUCAGAUCAUUGGAUCCUUACAGCAGCUCACUGCCUCAAUUAUUAUUUUAAUUCUAUAUUGGUUGGAACAAAUGACGUAAAAUCGGGUGGAAUUAGUUUUAAACCUCUCGAAAUUAUACAGCAUGAAAUGUAUCAUAAACCAGGCCGUUUUGACCAUGACAUUGGCCUAAUAAGAGUAGACAAAAUUGAGUUUAAUGAAAAAGUCCAACCCAUUAAAAUUACGUCAAAUUAUGUGGAAAAAGGUGCGGAGGUUCAAGCGUUUGGAUGGGGACGAUUAAUCGCAGAUGGACCAAGUCCUCAAUAUCUUCAGACAAUCAGAUUGACCACUAUUUCACAUGCUGAAUGCAAAAAAGACUUGGCCGGUAUUGUGGAUGUUCACGAUAGUCAUUUGUGUACAUUCACCAAGAAAGGUGAAGGCGUUUGUCAUGGAGACAGUGGUAGUGCACUUGUGCUUGGCGAUGAACUUGUUGGUAUAGCAAAUUGGGUUAAAUAUCCAUGCGCUUCGGGUGGUUCGGAUGGGUUUGCCAGAGUUUCAUAUCUUUAUGACUGGAUCCAAUCGAAGAUCAAUCAAUGAACACCAUAACUUUCGAUUUAAAGUUGAUUGAAAUUAAAAAUAAAACUUUUUGCAAAAAAUGAAUUCAUGUUUUAAAAGAUAACGAAUCAAAAUAAAUGAUCUAAAACCAAUAAA